AUGUUUGAAUCCGAUGACUUUGACCAGGUUUUAUCACAAUUUAAAUUUCCUGAAGAUUGUACCGAUUCAAAAUCUGAAGGUGAUACACCUCGGCCUGCUAUAUCUGAACAAUUUAAAGACGUAGCCUAUGUGAACACUGAAAAUAGAGGAAAUGAAAGCACUCGUAAUCAAAGUAAUGAAGAAAUUCAAAGCAAUUCAUUACAAAACGAAAAGAAAACUGCUAAAGAAAUGGAGUCACCCAGACACAUGAAAAGAAAUAUGAUUAAUUCUUACUUUGAUCAUAAAAGCAAAAGAAAAUUUCCAGGCCCAGCUGGUCUUCUGACAGGUGAUUUGCAAGGUAACAGAGAUGAACCUAUUUGCCAAAUGGAAUUACUGUCACAAGAUGUCAAUUUCAGUCAAACUAAUUUAAGAGGGGAUUUAUUUGAAUCUCCAUUGUGGACAAGGUUACUGGAUGAUUUGAAGCAUUGGAAUUUAAAAAAUGUUGAUUCUAUUAAAACAAUUAAAGAACAAGCAAUCACAGGUAGCUUGAGGAGAAGAAAAGCUCACACCAUCACAGCUUUUGUGGAAGCAAUUGAUAGAUCUGUCUCAGAUCCAUUCAUAAUGAUGAGGGAUACAACUGGCAAUAUAAAAGGAACACUCCACAGGGAUGCCUGGUCAGCUUUCUCACAAUACAUAGCAUCAGAAUUUUGUGCAUUUAUAUUAUGGAAGCCUACAAUACUUACUACCGGUGCUGCCUUCAAGAAACACUACCUCAACAUAACAUUAAGUAACAUAUUAGCUGUAUACAGUUCCACUGUUUUAAACAAUGAGGCAGAGAACAAGCCUCUACCUGAUGGGUAUUCUAUAGUUUAUGAAGAUGAUUAUACUGUGAUAAAAACUCAGAAUAGUGUACAGAAUAUAGGUACAAAUAGCAGGUUAAAUAGUGUACUUGAUAAUGAAUCAAAUGAUUUAUUGGAUGGAUUAGAGAAUAUAUUUUCGGAUGAUAUAUUUUAA